AUUAAUUUUUCAAUUAAUUUUAAUUAAUUUAACAAUAGUUCAUAUAAAUCAAAUGAUUUUAGCUACAGAAAUUUCAGUAAAUGAAGAUAUCGAUUUAAAAUCUCAUAGCGUACCAACACUUAUAAUUUCGGAAGAUGCAGUUAAUAUUACUGAACAGCCGGUUGUUACUCAGACCACUCAAACUAAAAAACCAGUAACGAGUAGAAAACCUCCAUUUCAACCUGUUCAGAAUAUUUCUCGGGAAGAGAAAAUUAUUGUAAGAAAAUUAUCUACAAAAAGAAUGAUAAAACCUACUGCUCCUGCUAAAAUUACAUGUCAUUCAGGAAUGCAUGAUUGGUGCGAUAAAGGAUGUAAAUUGAAUGGUCGAAGUUCAGGAAAAUGUACUCAUGAGAGGAAACCAUAUUUUUGCUUGUGCUCCUAAAAUUUUUUAUUUAUAUGAAGUAUCUACAUAUUAUGUGGAAGUUAUAAAAAUUUAAAAUCUGUUGAAAAUUCUAACUUGUUAUUUAAGUUAAU